CCUUCCCGCACACGCUCCACCUCCAAGGUCUGGGGAUGUACACCGCCUCCGCCGCCCUCGUGCGCGCAGGGAUGUCCGCCCUGCAUACAGAUCUCACAGUCGACCUCAGGAGGAUGUACGUCUCCUCCCAAAGCCGGCGGGAACGGGCUGCCAGAGUCCUGCUCAACGUGAGCGGCUUCGGGCGCGUCACGGGCCAGAGGAGCGAGUGGGACUUGUGCUUCUGCUAUGUGUUUUCUCCCCGAUCGGGAAAGGUCGAGCUGCAUAGGAUCGAGAGUAUUGACCCGGCGCCGCAUACGAGCGUGUAUGAGGGGAUGAAGGCGGGGCUGAUGAGGGUGUUGGGGAAGGAGGACGCCCCGGGAGGAGAGGGGAAGACGGCGCUCGAGCCUGCUAGAGCAGGGGAGUGUAAGGCCCGCAGCGCGAGGAGAGGGGAGCAUGGGGAGUAGAGUGCGUUCACUGCACGGGGCGCGCUGGAUGGGACGCAGUGGGAUGGGGAAAAUGCAACGCUCAACUCAAUACAUCGUCAUUGUAGUCUACGUAUGCC